AAGUCAGCAGGAGCGCGCGGAAUGAUGCUUGAUCCGACGGAUUUCACCCCACACAUCAGUUGCACGAUUGAGAAGGAGGAAACUAACGAUUUUAGAUCUAAACAGGGAAUACAAUAUCUGGCUAAGUUUUGAUUUUAACGUAAUCAUCCACUUUUUUAGCAAGACGUGUACUUACACGAUUUUUAACAAGAGUCGGAUUUACCGGAAGCAAACAAAACGGUCUUUUGCGUCAUCGCGGAAUUAUACAGUUUUCCAUGAUCGUAGCGACUCAACUUUUGCAUCAUUCAGCAAGAGGUAUAUUAUCCUUGUCAUCUCACUUGCCAUCUAUAUUGCCAAGCAGGAACAUAUGAUUAUGAAUGGUCCGACGCGUCCAUUAUUAUUUCGCUGAUUGAUUUUUUCGGAGUUUAUCGAUCGAGUGUUUGUGAUUUCCAGAAGAAUUGUAAUCAAGAUUUUGAUACGAUUUUCGGAUUAAGCUGUUGCAAUGGAUAUACAUACAUCUAUAUCAUACAACACCGAAUUUUAGAAAAAUAUCAGGCCUUAUAACGCACCAGGAACUAGUUUAUCAGGGAAUAUUCCAUCCUGCAGUACGGUCGUGUUUCUAGAAUUACGCUGGUACAUGGUUUCAUAUUCUGGAUUCUUUGUCUAUAACUUAUGUUAAGUAGUGCUUGUAAUUUGUGACAUGUGAUUUACAAACUGGGUUUUAGACUUCACUUCGGGCUCUAUACAGGACAUUUUGAGCACAAAACAGAGCAAUAAUCCCCCGGAAUAGUCCAUUAGCUUUGCAAAUUAUUUUGCGAUUUGAUUUUAAAUGCUGCUCAUUUUCUCCACACUGGAUGUAUUCAAUAGACAUCGUUUGAAUUGAAUAUUCAAAUAUACUCUUCAGAAUGUAUGGCUGAACUGUAUAAAUUCGCACCUUUGAUGCAUCAGCAGUGAUCAGAGAGCUGCAAAAUGGAAUGUUUCUCUCUCUCUAUUAGCAUUGACAAACUCGGCCUCGCCUGACCAAACCUUGACAAUAGUCACCGCUUGUGUUCGCAAAUAGGCUUAUUAUAAAAAUUAUAAUAGCAAGGUAAAUAUAUAACGCCCGCCUGGAACUCUCUCCUUUUCCACUUCAUCACAGGGUUUACUUCGAAACUGACUUGCUCAUCCAACGUUCAUGUCAUCCACAUGCACUCACAAUGGAACUCACAUGUGAGUUGAUGCAACCACCAAAGGCUUGUUAAUCAUUGCUGAACCGUAACAUUCAGUGAUUCAGAUACAUUUCUACGAGCACUGAGCGUGGGAGCGGCAGCGGGGUACAAAUUGCGAGUACAUGUACACCAAAACGACAACGAUACAGCUCUAUGAAAGACAAUGCAUGGUCUUAUUGUGCAGAGAAAUACUAUAUAGGAUUAUUUGCAACGAUAUUGCUUUACAGGAGGUCGAUCUAGCUAGCUAAGUGUUCAAAAGGUUGGCCGCCGAGGGAUGCUGCGACAUCACUCUAUUCAUGCUCAUCGGAGUCAACGAACUCGAUCAUCACACCACUACUUUAUGCGACUGAAAACAUGACAGAAUGGAAACACAGUUCAUCCAUUGGAUAGCACGAAACCAUCUAGAGUAUGCAGAUUAUCGAGAGUUCAAACAAAGUGAGACAAUUAAUCGACGCUCUUCAGAAUUGCAACGAGACGUAUUCCGACAGCCAGAUGGAGGACGAUGUAUUCGUGACAGAGGAGGAAGAUAACAUAUCCCUCCAAAUCAAGGAGUUUGGAUGUCAUCUAGAAUGGAAAGAGCUCCAGAAGAUCGAUGGGUUGACUCUGAAGACUAACCAGGGAGUCCUUGCGGGUGAGACAUGGGACUACUCCGAACGCCCGACGUACUUCACUGCUGUCCGAAACUUGCAAGGGUUUAUCGAGUACAAGCUCGGCGACGAGGAAAAGGCAGAGGAUUUCUUCCAACUCGUGCUCGAUUGUGAUCCUGUCAACAUCAACGCACUGGCUAAUAUGGUGCACAUGCUGGUUGGGCAGCAUCGGAUCAGGGAAAGUCGACCAUUCUCAAGGAGAUUACGCGCCAUCUUUCUGCAAUGUGGGGAGAACUCUGGGUAUUGUCGAGGGUAUCCGCAAAGAGCGAGGGCCUACGCGGACCGCGCGCAUGCGAUACGCUACUUUGAACAAAACAAACGGUGCUUCAGGUACAUGUCGUAUGUGGAACGAGCGGCAACAUUGGGAAAAUACUGCCAACAAACACCAGGAAAAGAAGAAUGGUUUUUCGAUCACGCCCUGGCGCUCUAUAGAAGGGACGUCCAAAUGCUUUACCUUCGGAAGGUGAUGGGUGAGGGCAUCUCUGACGUCAUGCAACGGAAGAUUAAAUCGGGCUUCGAGAAGGCUGUUCGGCUAUUUUACGACGUCAUACAGAUAAGUAGAUCAACGGCGUAUCUCUCACUUUCCUGGGUGUUUAUCGGAAUACUGCUAAAUCAUGACCCUGACCAACGAACUUUAGCCAGAGUAUUCCCGAAUGACCCUGACGUUCGACACAUGAAUGCAGAUGACUGUUAUCAAAAGGGACUAUCGAUAGACGAUACCCAUGAAAUAACAACACGCAGGGUCGGUGCAGAAUACGUGAAAUUAAGGCGUUACUCGGAAGCGAAAUGCCUGCUUGACCGUUCUCUGCAAAGGUUGAAGUCUUGGUUUGGCCAUCGAUAUCGCGGUGUGCUCUAUCUGUCAAUGUUUGAAGACCAAAGACUUACUGAUCAAGACCUUGUGGCGCGAUUAGGAAUAAGGUCGAGAACAGAUCUAUUGCUUAUGGCAAAGGCAGACUUUGAAAGUGCCCAGCAAGAGCGAAGAGUUCACGCUGAUUUCUCCGAUUUGGGCCGCGUCCAUUUCCUACUCGGUGCUGAGAAGGGACGCGCGGUGGCAAAAUUCAAGAAAGCGUGUGAUAGUGAUCAGGAUGACUACUUCGAUGUCCUGGAGACCUACCGCCGAUGGGCUCAGUGCAUUGGGGAAGAUCAAGUCGAGGAUGCGGCUGAUCUACGGCGCCGUGCGGAGGAUCAUCGACAGAAGCUCAUUGCAACGCCUCUUGAUACAAACGGAGACAGUUUCAGUGACGACUUCGAGCAUUACAGUAGAAGCGCCCUCAAUGGUCAUGUGCGUCUUCUAACCGCUGCUGACUUCUGGGUGGCUUCCGCGACUGGCCGGACACGCCAUAACCCAAUGCCUUACCGGGGUCCAAUUCCAACAGGACAGAAGAAGUACGACUUCUUUUUGUCCUUCAACGAGAGGGAUCGCAUCUGGUGUCUUGCUCUUCUGAGCAAGCUAGAGACGGAGUACAAGUUACGCGGAUGCACCGAGCAGCGGGACUUUGAAGUUGGGGCUGAUCAAACCGAGAACAUACGGUCAUUUCUUCGGGAAAGUCACCGUUGCGUCAUCGUCCUGUCACCACACUUUGUGCAGGAUGGGGAGUCUAGGGCUGUCCUGCGCGAGGCCUUUCGCGUGGGCUUCAAGAGAGAUGGACCAUACGUCCUGCCCCUGGUCCUGACUGAUUGCGAGACUGACAAGUUAGAUUCAAGGCUGCAGGAGGUUCAAAGCAUCCACUGUGAACUCGGCCAAAUCCGGAUUCAUCAUUGGCAGAACUUGAUACGUUCCCUUAGACAAGGAAAGGAUCUUACGGAUGAUCGUCCCCCAAUUCUUUCCACAAUUCUUUCCACAAUUAUUGUCUUAAUGACACUCCUUUCCAUCACGAGGUCUGACUUUCCAUUAGAUUAGCAUAAAUUAAAGUAGUGUAAUAUCUAGACACUAGGAAUAUAACGGACAAAGAAAGAGGACAAAAUAUACAGUUCCCCAGGUAGACAAAGGAACAUCCCUUCACUGCUAUUAUGUAAAAAUGAGUCAAACAUGUGAAUAUGCAUGUGAUACCUGUUCUACUCAUUUUUAGAUAAUAGCAGUGAAGGGGUGUUCCUUUUUCUACCUGAGGAACUGUAUAUUUUGUCCUCUUUCUUUGUCCUUCAUGUUCAUAGGGAGAGGUACAAUGAUUAGGGAAAUGUAUAAAUUUUGUAUAUAGGUAAAUCCUUCCGAUAGCGCUGGCGCUAUAAUUAUUUUGGAAGGAGUGCUGUAUUUAUAUGAACAUUUUCAAGUCUUUGCUGGGCUCAGAGAAUUAUUUAUACUUGUUUUAAUGCUAUGUGUUCAUGUUCUGUGUAAAUAAGUUAAAUCAUGUGAAAGUAAGUUGCUUAGUGUGUGUAUUUACUAUAGUCACAUACAAAAUGCAACCGGCUGUAGACUUGCAUAUCUGCAGAAAGAAGUGAUGGUAAAUUGACAAAGUAUUUUUCCAUUCUUGUAUAAGACAAUUCCUUAAAGAAUUAUAAUUAUUUACAAGAGGUUGCGCUUCUGGGCGAAAAUUGAUCUUAACAACCUGAAACCCUUUUUUUAAUCGGAUGCGUUCUGACCUAGUACAACCGACGGAUAUUAAAUUAUGUCAAUUUCAAAGUUAUGUCAGUUUCUAUUACAACGUUAGGCCAUUUCUCUAAUGUAACUAAAUCUAUACUUGGUGCCCCGUUACGAAUUAUUUUAUUCACCAGAUACGAAUAAUUGUAUUUUAAUAGUCAGAAUGGAAAUUGCAUAUAUUAUAUGUCGUUAGGUAGGGCGAGCUAUAAUGUUUGUCAUACUUACAUGUUAUAAUAAUGAUGAUAAUAAUGAUAUUCGGUUCUUGUAUAGCGCAUAUCACAUUUAAACGUCUCUAUAUGCGUUUCCAAAUUUGGAAUAACAACUAAUGCAUGCAAUUAUAUUGUUGACUAUAGAGAUACAUUAUGUAACAGGUGAAUGCAAGAAUUCGUAUAGAGGCGCUUCACAAAGGAAAAUGCAUAAAUUUGGUUACAUUACGAAAAUAGCCUAUUGCAUGACCAGUCCUCAACUUUAUGUUUGAAAGUAAUUCCGUAUUGGACUAUUAAUAGUUUGCAGUAGUAGUACAUAGAAUGACCAGGCCCCCAUUUCACAAAACUUUUCACCAGUGACAAAUGAUUUUGUUUUUUAUAAGCUAGUCAAAUCCUUACUUUUGAUUGGUUACCAGCAGAUUUGUCACUGAUUUUUGUCAUUUAUCAUUGAAAAGAGGCUUUGUGAAACGGGUCCCAGAUGAAAUAGAAACAAAAUGGCAUAGAACCAUGUUAACAAUAGAGAGGACAAAAUAAAUCAAAUUAUUGUGGGAUAAUUCACAGUAUUAUCGUGUUAAGGUAACUUGUGCUGAUAAAAAUAUUGUGAACUGUUUGCGAUAUGGAUAAUACGGGGUAUUUAUGAUGUGUUCAUUAACAACUAUAUGGCUGAAUUGUUUUUAAAGUUUAUUAUAAAAGAUGUUUGGAAUUUGUAAGCCUUUCAUUAUAUUAUGACAGAGUGUAGAAAUCGUCUCUUGAGACGAUUAUUUCCGGGACCUUAAGUACACGAAAAUUUAAACAUUGUCAUUGUUUGAUUGCAUACAUUGAUGUAUGUAAGUAGGGCCCUCGGUAGUGAUAGUCCAGUCUUACUUUUGACAGCAACAGAAUUGUUUAACUUUUCAUUCACUUUUGAUUGUUAUAGUUAUGAGACAGUCGAAUAAUAGUAAAAUCCAGAUAGAAUAAGAGGAGGCGUAAUGGCUCAGUGGUAGAGCAGUGGUCUCAUACCCGGGAGAACCAGGGUUCGAAACUAAUUAUGCGCUACUGCCCUUCGGCAAUGCGUUAGUCCUAAUUACCAAGUCCACGGAGAGGACUUAAAGCCGUCGGUCCACUGGUUGCUUACUUACAUGCAAGCACAUGCUUUCUUAGCAGUCGGGUAAAACAGCCAAACUAACCAACCCCUAAAAUGAAAAAAUACAUAAACGAAUGAAAAUGCAGCAUACAACAUGAAUACAUACAGUUAACAGCUAAAUUAUUCAUACGCUUACCUAGUUUUAUAAUUGUUUAAGUAUGUGAAAAACUAAUUUGACCCGAUUUAUUUUCUUGAGAAUGUCAUAUGAAAAGUAUAGCUUCCAUCUAAAGGUAUUCAACAAAGGCCUAAUUCAACCAGUCCACCUUUUAUUCUUGAGGUACGAAAUACAAAAAAAAGCAAACAUCAAAUUUACAAGGGGUGUCAAUAGUUUAGUUGUUAACUGUUAAAAUAAAACAAAAGUAAAUCAGUUUCAUAUACAUAUAUAUACAAUGAAUUGUUUCAACAUCUUGCAUUUUGCUCCCCUCCCCUUUCUCUGAAACUCUCUAUUUACCUCUCUGUAUCUCUGUUCCUCUUUGUGUAUAGCAUUCGUUCAUAGCUCUCCCACACACUCCUCUUCCCUCUCCCUGUCUUCUUAUCUGUCUCUCCUCUUUCCUUCUCUUUCCCGCUCUUCACCUUUUGUCCAUCUCUUACUCGUUUUAUCUAUAAUUAAUUAUGUAUCGUACUCUUCUCUAAAAUUCUCUGUCUCUUUCUUUCUCUCUCUCUGUAUCUCUUUGUGUAUAGCAUUCGUUCAUAGCUCUCCCACACACUCCUCUCACCUCCCCCUGUCUUCUUGUCUGUCUUUCCUCUUCUUUUCCGCUCUUUUAACUUUUGUCCAUCUCCUUCUCUUUUUAUUUAUAAGUUUUCGCUCGCUAUCUGUUUUUCUGUCCCUCUCUCGGUCUGUAUAUCUUUCCUCUUUCUCAGUCUACCCCUUCCUACCUAUGAUUUUUUCCACUUAAUUCCUUCUCCUUUUGGGGCAUUUAUAUAACUCUCUGUCUUCAUAUCUUUUUAUCAUUAUGUCUGUAUCUCCCUCUUUUACAUAUAGUUUGAUUGAGUUAUGGAAUUCUCGCUCCCUCACCUUUUCGCUGUAAGAUAUGAUUAUGAGACGAUGAGAAUUAAAUUCAAUGCAAAGGGAAACGAAAAUAUAACUUAGGCCAACUGAAAAGCAAAAAUUCUAGUCAAUAUUGAUCGUCAUGAUUGUUCCCUUUGUUCUCGCUUAUGGUUUUCAGUUUCGAUGGGAGUACAAUGACUGCAUGUAGCCAGACACGAUGAAAGGGAAUUCCCCAUCUCUAGUUUACUUGCAGUUUCAUGUGCAAUUGUCAACAUGUUUGAUGCUGUAGUGUCUGUCGUCUGUCUUAUGACGUUGUUAAUGCUAAUCUUGAGCUCUGGUAUGGAAAUCGUAUUUUGAGAGAAAAUUGCUCUGAAUUAUUCUGGAUUAUUUAUCCUGCAGUAGAUCGAUUGUUUGAACCAGUAGAAUAAAAGAUAACC